UCUCUGGCUAAAGUAAAGACAUGGGAACGAAACAAAUCAUUACAGUUACACGCAGGUAUUUAAUGACACUCAAUGUCUCACUAAGUUUGGUGUGCAAACGGAUCAAAUACGGCUUUCAUCGCGAUAUCUCACGACUGCGAUGACGUGCAAACUAAGUGGCCUGUUCAGCAUUGGAGAGGACUUUGAUGAUGAGGACCUGCUCGGGACAGACUGGGCUGUCCGCUCAGCGUCUGGAUCAGCCGAUGUGGCAGCUGCUGUGUCAUCCUGCGCGCUGCGGGCUUCCUCUGUUUCUCACAGAGAGCCGGAGAAGAACUGCCUUCAGCAGACCGGAGAAAGAUCGGCCGCCCUGUGUAAUGGCACGGCAUCAAGGAGCAGCACGCACACUGCUGCUGCUGGACAAACUGUUGCGCUGGGUUUGAGACGGCCCUCCUCCUGCUUCUCAUCCGCUCAGCCCCGUCCUCACACACUGAAUAACUCUCAGCCUAAUUUGGCAUCACAACAGAGUCAUGGCGACACGACGGGGCCGCCGAAGCCCUGCGUGGCUCAGGAUGAUUUUGAUGAUUGGGAUGUUGACCUGGCAGACCUGGAUGAGUGUGACGGGCAGACGGGGCAGCCUCCUGCUGCAACAACACCUGCACCCGCGGUUAAUCCUGCAUCUUCAGCCAAAACGCUGCGACCCCCGACCUGCGGAGGGAUUCAGACGCAACCUAAUCGCACCCUGAGAGACUUCAGCACUGCUCGCCAGGCUCCUGGCUCAUCUAGUCAUAAACUAGCUCCUCGAAUCUGCUCCACUCCCGUUCUGCGAUCUCCAAAUCCCCGCCCCGCUUUCCUGUCAGCCUCUCCACACAAUCCGAGGGUUUUCCCUGGCCUGACUGCGUCUUCUCCCGCCCCCAGCCCCAUUUCCAGGACACUCAACAGGCCCCAGAGACCGUGGGCAACGCCCAGUACCUCCCCUCAGGGCGGCGUCCUCUUUGAGACGGUCUCCCCAGCGUCCUCUUCCUCCACGUCUGUGAGCCCUCAUCCCCAUCACACCCCGGUCCUCACCAACCGCCUGGUCCAGUUGGUAUCAGCCUCCAAUAAGCUUCCUAAGAAGAGGCUUCGCUCCGAGCAUCACCUGCCCAGAACCCGACGCUUCCCCGGCCCCGCUGGAUUCCUGCCGCAGCAGCUGCAGGGUCAGCGCCUGGACGACAUUGUGGUUUCUGUCCCUCAGACUCCUGCUCACGGCGCCGUGGCCCGGUCGCCAAGCCAGGGCUCCAGCUCACAGACCGAAGAAGACGAGUUCAGCGGCGGUGCUUGGUCAGCGAUGAAGGCAGAGAUGGGAUUGGAUGAGAGGAACCCCUCGUGCUUCCUGCACUCCUACAGUGUGGUCAUGGUGCUUCGAAAGGCUGCACUGAAACGUCUGGCGAAAAACAAAGUGCCCAACAUGGCCGUGCUCCUGAAGAGCAUCAUCCACACACACGCCGAUGCCAAGGCUGUGUUUAAAGACCCAACAGGGGAGAUUGAGGGAACGGUUCAUCGGCGUCUCCUGGAGGACCGAGUGGAGGAGCUGAAGGUCGGAGCCGUUCUCCUGCUCAAACAAGUGGGUGUGUUUUCUCCCUCGCAUCGUAACCAUUACCUGAACGUGACCCCCAACAACCUGCUGAGGAUCUACCGCCCUGAUGGAGUCAGUCUGUCCUCCACUCAGCUCGUCCUGGAGCCGAUGUCGUCCGCUGGUCCUUCCCCCGGCGUCCUCCGGGAGCACGUGUCUCAGAUGCAGCUGGUCUUUGACGAGGAGGAUGACGACGAGGGACGAGAGGGGGAGAAAUGCUCAGAGGGAGGCGAAGGCCCAAAAGCCCAGAGAGACACUCGAGCCGGCUGCAGCAGAGAUCCCGCUGGGAACCCGGCAGCACAGGACUCAGGCUGGGACGCAGAUGAUGACCUGGAUGAACUGCUGGGAGAGUUACCUGAGGACACCUACAGCCUCUGACGUUACAUCAACAGACCCUCUGUGCCGAUGAUCUGCGCCGUACCACCGAGUGGAGUUAUUGCACAGCUGACCAGUGAAGAUGCUAUCCUUUAGUUCUCCUGAUUUCCAAAUCAAAAUUGUCUGACCACUGAAGAACUUGCGACAAUGUGUACAUGUUGUAAAGACGUUUUUGAUAAGCAGUUGAUAAAUAAUUAACUUGU